CUAUUCAUGAAUUAUUUUUACUUAAUAACAAAUAUUGAAUUAAUAUGAUCUUAUAGGAUUGAGUUACGAAAAAAUUUGUUUGAUUAAAGGAAAAUUUUUGUUAUUCAAAGACAACCUCAAAGGAUGAGAUACAAUCUCUGCUUUAAAUUGCUGACGUAGACCUAUAUAAGUCUUCAAAAAUUCAUCUAAAUCUUUCAUCCAAACAUAACUACCUUUUUACAAAAGAUACACCUGAAUAAGGCUAUUUUUCCGCCAAUUAUAGUAAGGAAAAGUGCCAGAUCACCAUAGAAUCCCCUAUUGAACCACUACUUUUUAAGAUUUAACAAUAUUUUCGAUGUACCAAAAAUAAAACCAAUAAAUUAAUUUUAUAUACACAAGAAAAAAGACUUGAAACAUUGA